GGCGUCAGCCGCGUAGCCUUCGCUGACCGCCGCGUCGCCGUUGAUGUAGCCGCCCGCAGCAGUAGCCAGCUCUGGGCGAGGGGUGGGCGGCGGGGCUGAGCCGGAGGCCGCGGGACCCAGCUCUCCGCGCACAGCCGCAGCGUACAUAGGCUCCGGGGAUGGCCCUUUGAGCAACGCCGCCGCCUCAGCGUCGCCAUCGUAGACAGACGCAGGCCCCACGUAGUCACUGAGACAUCACCAUCAGAGCUGAGUGUCAGGCGCACGUAGACCAGAUGCAUUGGCCCCUGACAUACAGUUCGGCCACUGAUGGAGAAAUGGUACAUGCCACGGGUGUGGUUCAGCACCAGGCGGCGCCGGGGCAAUGAGGAGAUCAUGAGCCACAGACCUAUAGCCAUGCCAUAGGCAGGAAAGCACCAGGUCUCCUGCUUCUCCACCUGUGGGCACCAAGGAUUAAUAGGGAGCAGGAAGAGGUUUGGCUCCUAGAGUAGCUAGAGGAGCAGCUUCGGACCUACGUGGGGAAGAGUGGACUGUUAUCCUGCCCCCUUUGACCUAAUGGCAGCACCUCCGCUGGGCCGACUGGUGCUGACCCAUCUGCUGGUGGCCCUCUUCGGCAUGGGCUCCUGGGCUGCGGUCAACGGGAUCUGGGUAGAGCUGCCUGUAGUAGUGAGAGAGCUCCCGGAGGGUUGGAGCCUCCCUUCGUACCUCUCUGUGCUUGUGGCGCUGGGGAACCUGGGUCUGCUGCUGGUGACCCUGUGGAGGCGUUUGGCCCGCGGCAAGGGCGAGCGGAUCCCUAUCCAAGUGGUGCAGGGGCUAAGCAUAGUGGGCACAGCCCUGCUGGCCCCUCUGUGGCACUAUGAGGCCCCAGUGGCAGGGCAGCCCCACUCUGUGGCCUUCCUAACGCUGGCGUUUAUAUUGGCACUGGCCUGCUGUGCUUCAAAUGUCACUUUCCUGCCCUUCCUGAGCCACCUGCCACCUCCCUUUUUACGGUCUUUCUUCCUGGGCCAGGGCCUGAGCGCUCUGUUGCCCUGUGUGCUAGCCCUGGUGCAGGGGGUGGGCCGCCUUGAGUGUCUGCCUGUGCCUGAGAAUGGUACCACUGGGCCUCCUAUCAAGAUGUCUUCCAUCAACUUCCCAGAGCGCUUUUCUGCCAGCACUUUCUUCUGGGUGUUGACUGCCUUUCUGGGCACUUCAGCUGCUGCCUUCCAAGGUCUCCUGUUAGUACUGCCAUCUGCACCAUCUGUACCCAUGAUGGGUCCAGGGCUUCGGGUAGGAACUCCAGGAACAGAGGAGGAAGAGGAAGAGGAAGAGGCCUCACCUUUGCAGGAGCCCCCAGGCCCGGUGGCAGUCACUACUCCCAGCUCAGACCCUAAGGCCCUUCAACUGUUCUCUUCCCGAAGUGUCGGUCUACUGGGGCUCCUGGCUGUCACCAAUGCGCUGACCAACGGUGUGCUGCCUGCCGUACAGAGCUUUUCCUGCCUGCCCUAUGGGCGCCUGGCCUACCACUUGGCUGUCGUACUGGGUAGCCUCGCCAACCCCCUUGCCUGCUUUCUGGCCAUGGCAGUGCUGUGCAGGUCUCUGGCAGGGCUGUAUGGUCUGUCUAUGCUGGGCAUGUGCUUUGGAGCCUACCUAAUGGCGCUGGCAGUCCUAAGUCCCUGCCCUCCUCUGGUGGGCACCUCUGCAGGUGUGGUCCUCGUGGUACUUUGCUGGGUACUGUGUGCGGGUGUGUUCUCAUACGUCAAGGUGGCCGUCAGCUCCAUGCUGCACAGUGGAGGCCGGCCAGCACUGCUUGCAGCUGGUGUGGCCAUCCAGGUGGGCUCUCUGCUGGGCGCCGUUGCCAUGUUCCCUCCCACCAGCAUCUACCGAGUGUUUCGAAGUGGAGAGGACUGUGUGGACCAGUGUAAGCCUUGAACCUGGGACGUGUGGGACUCACAUCACCUCACUUGGUCUCCACCUGGAGAUUGCCACAUUGACUGAGCCCUGUGGCCCACGGUGGCCUCCCUACUCACAGAUACACUCGUGGAUUUUGCACACUCCAUAAGAGACCUGGCUUUUGAGAAAAAGACCAGGAUGAGGACCAAAGAGCAGGGCCUGGAGCCAGGGAUAGGUUGGGGCUGUGGCCUUCACCCUGGGACCUUUGUGGGAUUUGCACAAUAAAACAUUUCUCUCCA